UUCUCCCCUUUGGUAAAAAGUUUCCCAACACUAUUUUCUGUAGAAAAAGUUUUAAUUAUAAUAACCCAUUAGUUUAAAGAGGAGUGGUAACAGUACUUUCGGUGCUAAUCUAGUAAAUGCUUCUAAUUCACCUAUUUCUAUGGCACUAAUUUCCCUCCCAAAUCCAAGUCAAUAAACUGCCAUUUUCAAAGGGUUUCAGAAUUCUGCUCUGCAUGCAGGUUUCUUUUCAAUCUCAUUUAGCCCUAAUAUAUUUGUGUUAGCGGAAACAAGUCCGUCAAAGAUGCUAGGGAAGAGAGUAUAUCAGAGCGUUGAUACUAGAUCUCCCUCCACAUUUAAGCACCUAAAAGUUGAUACUACCCGGACUUUUCCUGAAAAUUGUGGUCCAUUUGUUCGUCAAACGAGCGGAAGCAGAAUUCCCAUCUACCCGGAAUUCCCAUCCACUACCAAGCGUGUAAAAGUUGAUUCUAUGAGGAAUUUUCCUGAGAAAUGUGGUCCUUGUGUUCCUCAAAAGAAGAUUGGAAGUGGUACUCAAUGCUCCGUUGAUGCUGAGAUCAAAAGUUGUUCUGAAGUUGCUAUGAAUGUGAUUGAGUCAGCUGAGCCCAUAAGUGUUUUUGUGCCUACUGAAUGGGAAGCGGAGGCAAAAGAUAUGCAAAUUGAUUUUCCACCAAUUCUUGGGCAGGCUAAAAAGAAUGAUUUUGUUGCAACUGGUGUGCCUCCAGAAGAGGUUGGUAAUUCAAGUCAUGUGAAAACCUCAUGUCAACCUACUAAUGGAAAUCAAAAAAAGAAUCUUAUGCAGGAUGAAUCUACUCAACAACAUAGACGUGAUUGGUCUAUUAAAGUUGGGCCUAUUGAAAAUGGACCAGAAUUGCCUGCUAUUGUUGCACCGGAAAAUCUAAUUGGAAGUCAAACUGAACCUAGUAAGGAAACAAGCAGGAGUGAUCAUCACGAAAAAUUUUCUGAUGAUGAAUCCAGGAGUGCUGUAGAUGAUGAUGAAAUCUGCAUCUUAUCCCCCUUCGAGUGGAACUCACUAAAUUUAAGUCUCAAGUUCCGAAGUGCCGGUAAGAAAGAUGGCAAGGGUGAGAUAAUGCAGGCAAAAGCAAGUAGGUGUCUAGAAUCCCUUGGCAAGUGCAUGAUUAAUACUGAAGAUGCAGUCGAUUUCGAGCCAGAUUGGGAUCAAUGUGAAUCUAUAGUCAUGAAGAAGCCAAUACGUACCGGAGUUUCUCAAGAAGAUUCAAGGAAUUCUGCUGUUAUGUGUGGUGUUUCUAAUCAUGGAUUUUUAACUGAAUAUGAACAUACUCAGAAAGUGAAAGAAGUUAGAGAGACUCUGAAACUUUUUGAUGACCUAUAUACUAAACUUUUGCGAGAAAAUAAAGCAGAGAAACAUGAAGGACAAUCUAAAAGAUGUCUCCAUAUAGAGGCAGCAAUGAGUUUGAAAAAUCAGAAAAAGUGGGUAAAUUGUGAGUGGACCUUUGGACAUGUUCCUGGAGUUAAAAUUGGGGAUCAAUUCCGGUUUAGGGCAGAACUUGUUAUGAUCGGACUACAUCACCAAUUUAUUAAGGGUAUCGAUUAUGCGAAUAUUAACGGAAAAGAUGUUGCAACUAGCAUUGUUGAUUCUGGUCGAUACGAGAACGAGGCCCUAUCUUCUCAAACAUUCAUUUAUGUAGGUCAAGGUGGGAAUCCAAAAGUUUAUGUUAAUGCAAGAAUGGAAGAUCAGAAGCUUGAAAGGGGUAAUCUUGCCUUGAAGAAUUCCAUGGAGUUGGGAAAUCCAGUGAGGGUUAUUUGUGGCCGAAAAAGAAUGAAUGGUAAAAAGAGUGAUAUAAGAUACAUUUACGAUGGGCUCUACACUGUGACUAAGUGUUGGCAAGAAAAAGGUCCAACUCGAAAGUACGUUUUCAAGUUUGAACUGAAAAGAAAUCUUGACCAACCAAAACUUACUCGUGAGCUAGUAUCACGGCCCGCAAAUUUAGGCAAGGUAAAUCAUUUUCGUGCAAAUGUUAACAAGGCAAGAAAAUCAGUUACGGAGGUUAUGCAGUCGGAGUUUGUUGUGGACUAUGAUGUCUCGCAAGGAAAGGAGAAGUUACCGAUCCCUGCUGUCAAUGCAAUGGAUGAUGAGAAACCCCCACCAUUCACUUACAUUACCAGCAUGCAGUAUCCAGAUUGGUUUUAUAUCUCUAGGCCUCAAGGUUGCAGUUGCACAAGUGGAUGCUCGGAUUCUAAGCAGUGUUGUUGUACUUCUAGGAAUGGGGGUGAGAUUCCAUUCAACAAAAGAGGCUCUGUUAUUAGAGCAAAGCCUCUUGUUCAUGAGUGUGGUCCAUCUUGCAAAUGUCCUCCCUCUUGCAAAAAUAGAGUUAGCCAACAUGGUCCUCGGUACCAUUUGGAGGUUUUCAAGACCGAAUCAAGAGGAUGGGGUUUGAGGUCACGAGAUAACGUCUCAUCCGGAAGUUUUAUAUGUGAAUAUGUUGGGGAGUUGCUUGAUGAAAAGGAAGCCGAAAUUAGAACAGAUCAUGAUGAGUACUUGUUUGAUGUCGGCAACUAUGAUGAAGAAUUUCCCAAAAGGAAUGCUGUGCGUAAUAAGAAAUUCAAAGUUGAGUCAAAUUCUGUUAAGAGGAAGGAUGAAGAUGGAUUUACCCUUGAUGCGGCAAAAUAUGGGAAUGUUGGAAGAUUUAUCAACCAUAGCUGCUCACCGAACCUUUAUGCUCAAAAUGUCAUGUACGACCAUGGUGAUAGGAGAGUACCUCACGUAAUGUUUUUCGCUUCCGAGAGUAUUGCUCCAUUAGAGGAGCUUACUUAUCACUACAACUACCAGAUUGACCAUGUUUAUGAUAAAAAUGGAAAUCUGAAGAGAAAGGAUUGCAGAUGUGGCUCUCGUAAGUGUGAGGGGAGAAUGUACUAAAGAACUACUCAUCUUGAAAUUUCGGACUACUUAUCGAUCAGCGGAUGAAUUCUUUGUGCACUUAGUAGCAAUGAAUACUAGCUUGUCACAUGGUUGUAUUAGGGAACUGAAAUUUCCAUGCACUAAUAGCAAUGAAUUCAUCUAGUUCGGCUUUCAUGGAGUUCAGCUUAGCUCUUGGUGUUGACUAUUGAACUUAAUUGUUGGUGUUGAUUAUUGAACUUAAUUGUUCUUUGUCACUAGAUUUUUGGCUAA